UUAAACUAAAAUCUGACAGGAUGAGAUGGAAGCCGAGAUGAGAAGGCUGAAAAUGGAGCUAAAGUAUACAAUGGACAUGUAUAACACUGCCUGCAAGGAAGCAAUUUCUGCAAAGAAUGCGGUAUGUUUUAGUUUUGAACAAUAAACACAUAAAACAAUAAUUUCUAGUCAGAUACGUGCACACAAUAGAUAAUCGAAAUCUGAUUCAUCUCCAAUCAGGCUACUGAGUUACACAAGUGGAAAGCAGAUAAGGAACUGAAAUUAGAAGAGGUAAGACUUGCUAAGGAAGCAGCAAUGCAAAUGGCGGAGAGUGAGAAAGAAAAAAGUAGAGUUGUUAUGGAAACUGCAAUGGCAUCUCACAGAAUAGCAGAAUUUGAAGCUCAAAAAAGAAAGCAUAUUGAAACCGCAAAAGAAAAGAAGAGGGCGACGAGUUCUUUGGGGAAAAAUGAUUUCAGAUACAGAAAAUACAUAAUCGAGGAGAUUGAAGAAGCGACAGAAGAUUUCUCUCCCAGUCGCAAGAUUGGAGAAGGAGGUUAUGGACCUGUUUACAAAGGAUCACUAGAUUAUACACAAGUGGCAAUAAAAGUUCUAAGACCAGACGCGGCACAAGGAAGGUCUCAGUUCCAGCAAGAGGUUGAAGUACUAACAUGUAUGAGACAUCCAAACAUGGUUCUCUUACUUGGAGCCUGUCCGGAAUAUGGAUGUUUAGUAUACGAAUACAUGGCAAAUGGUAGCUUAGAAGACUGUCUGUUCAGACGAGGAAACUCUCCAUUUCUUUCUUGGCAGCUAAGAUUUCGUAUAGCAGCUGAAAUCGCAACAGGUCUGCAUUUCCUCCACCAGAUGAAACCAGAGCCUUUGGUUCACCGUGACCUUAAACCGGGAAACAUUUUACUUGACAAGCAUUUCGUCAGCAAGAUUUCUGAUGUUGGCUUGGCUAGGCUAGUCCCUCCAUCUGUUGCAGACACUGUAACACAAUAUAGAAUGACAUCAACAGCCGGAACAUUCUGUUAUAUAGAUCCAGAAUACCAGCAGACCGGCAUGCUGGGGACUAAAUCAGACAUCUACUCGUUCGGGAUUAUGCUUUUGCAAAUACUUACAGCUAAGCCACCAAUGGGUUUGACACAUCAUGUUGAGAAAGCAAUCCAAAACGGAAAAUUCGUCGAGAUGUUAGACCCUAUAGUUCCUGACUGGCCAGUCGACGAGGCCUUGGUUGCAGCCAAACUUGCUCUAAAAUGUGCAGAAUUAAGACGCAAAGACAGGCCUGACUUGGGUCACGCUGUUUUGCCUGAGCUUAACAGACUGAGAGCACUAGCCGAAGAAAUCAAGCCAUCAAUUAACUUUUGCAGAAGCCAUCGACCUUCACCGAAUACUACUAUGAACAGAAAUCACUGCCACAUCCAGCGUCCAGUUGCCACAACCUCACUAUAUGUAUGAGUCCAUUAAAAUGUUUUAGCAGAGUUUAAACAUUGCUUGGUUGGUAAGCUAUAUUUUCCCUUUGCAGGAUAUUAUGAGUGAUCCAUCGCCAAAAUAUGGAUCCGAUAGCUCUGGUUUCCACAAUGAAUCUACAUACUGAAGAGGAAAAUCCAAGUCAAAAACAUUGAAAGAAGAACAUAUACAUCUCGAGAAUUAUGUCUACCCAAAGCGACGAAUUCUGUACAUUUCAACAGAGUAAUCUAUUUAUAUAUAUAUAUAUAUGCUGGUUUUUAGAGUUCAUACCAUGUUGAAACUAAACCUAUAUAUACAUCAUAAUCUAUACUAACUCUGAUCAUUGUAAAUGAAAACAACUUUUUUUUAGCAACACAAAAUAGCUUUUAUAAUGUUUGAAUGUCUUCCCCCACUCCAGACGUUAGAGAUAUCCUCUCAUUUUUUGGGGUCAGAUAUUUUUAGUAUUGCUGAGCUUAUGCUUCAAUAGGUUGAGGCAGGUUUCCCCCCACUCCAAAUCAGGUCUAAGAAUCCGAUCAAUUUUCACAAAACUCUAGAAGAAGACAAUAAGCCCACAAAGGUCGAAGGCCUGUCCCGAGCUGAAAAAGUAAUCCAUGUCAAACUGGCACAGUCAAACCAAAAUGUAAAGGAGAUUGGGGCAUUAAAGGUCAUUUUAAAGACACUUGAUACUCGCCAGAGAUCAUGUCACCGUUAUGAUCCAUCAUCAGCACCUAUAAAAAAAGAACCAAAAAAAAAAAGAGAAGGGAUCUCAUCUUUUAAUAUUGAACCUAUAGUCUAAAAAUUCUUGUACUCUCUUACCCUUUGGGUCACCACAUUUAUAUAACUUAGAAAUAUCAAUAUUAUAUAUAUUUUCUAUACAAGAUCAGCAGUUGACAUCUUUUUAUUAAUUACUUCCUCGAUACGUUAUCAUUAAUCUUAACCAUAUUUUAUGAGUGUAUUUUGAGAUCCAUCAUUUUGCGCUAGAUGGAGAGGGAGGAAUUCAACACAUAAAACCAUUGAAGAUUCCAACGUCAAAUACACACUACGAUGAUUGGCAAAAACACUUAUUAAAUUAACAUUCCCGAAGACAAAGUGCAUCAAUUCAACCCAGAAGAAACUCCAAUUACCCAAGAAUCUGGAGUGCAGCAGGCCAGUCCAGACGGAAAUCUACUCAUUCAGCCUGAACAAAUGAAGUAACCAGUUGCGCCAGUCGUCGAUUUGGACGCCUUAUUAUCCCAAGUACUUAAAAUUUACGACAUCCUCUUUUUAUUUUUGUUCAACGUGCAGGUCGGCACGACGCAGUGAGGAAACUAGCUUUGCAAUGUUUGGAAAAAUCACCUAGACCCAAGCGGAUCAGCAAGCUGGGGUCAAAAAUCUACUGGCCCGUCACCAAAACCCCCACAAAACUCCACUCUACGAGGAUGUGUAACCUCAACAUGAGUCAACAGAUCGGACAACAACAAUGGAUCAAUCCCAAACGACGAAGCAGCGAACCAAGAAGACGAGAUCGGCAACUAGUGAAAACUUAGCACGAACCCAAGCUGAUCUCCGGAUGACAUAAUCCUUGAUCCAUUGAGCCACCAGAUCGGCCUCCAAAAUGGACAAAAUCAUUGAAUAAACGAAAACACAAACAACAACACAGUUCAAAAAUCACAUCACCAGCACUCCUAACCCAAAUAUCAAGCUUAAGAUUCCACCAUACAGUGGAAAAAAAUAUCCCGAGCUCAUAUCGCGAUGACACGAACUCGCUUCAAGGAUGGAGAACAAGACGCCGACUAAUGCCAAAUUUUCAUCAAAAAUCUGCUAUGAGAAACUCUCAAUUGGUUUUCCCAAAUGGAGGCCAAUACAAUCAACAAUUUCAAUUAGGUUUCAACUGUAUUCAUGAAGCAGUACUCCAUGUUCAUAGAGAAAGGAGCUUCUGACACCGACAUGUGGACACUAUCCCAAAAGAAGGAGGAGUCGCUCUUCUCUUUCAACAGAAGUUUUAAAACUCUCAUCUCCAAUAUCAUCAUAAGCUACGGUGUGGGCGGUAUAAGCACUUCAAAAUGCCUAAUGGCACGAGUCACGCUUUCAUGACGAAAUUUUACUUACAAAACCGGCAACUCCAGCAUACGCUCUCCACCGACUUCAAGAAAUUGACGAAGAAAAAAAAGCCCUCAUCGAAAAAAUCGGGCCAAUGUUAAAAUCCAAUGAUAAGACACAUGAGAAAAAGACAUCCAACAAAAAGGAUGUGGCAGAUCAAAAAGAGACGGAAGCGCCGCCAGAGACCGGGCCGGUAAGGUCAAUGAACGAAGUAAGACAUAUCAUAGGAAUGUAUAAAGAGAAGAAGGCAAAAGAGACAGCUCCAAAAAUUUCUACAAAUUUCAUAAAAGCGAAGGACAUACCACUCAAUAAUGGUACAACUUCCGAUCUUAUCAAUAUUCAAAAUUCCAUGAAGAAAGAUUAUCACGACAUAAAGAAUCUCCUCCAAGGGGUCACAAUGACACUGACACUCCCUAGAGAGAUCGAAAACCAAACCAUUCGGACCCAGUGGAUCCACCGAACUCAAGAAAGAGUGUAAAUAUAAUAAUGGGAGGAAACCCUUUUUGCAAUGAUUAAGUACGAUAAAUCAAAGGAUACAGUAGACCAGUAGACUUCGUAUCCACAUGAGUUCGAGAAAUGAUAGAAAACGACGCAGUCAUCGAAAUUAUGGAGCAAGAAACUGAGAAUCUUGAUUAGCCACACAACAAUGCAAUGACGAUAGAGAUAAUGUUAGCAGACUGUGAAAUAACGAGAUCAUUAGUUGAUGGUGGCAGCUCGAUUCACCUGAGAAGUUUCAUUUUCAAGUUUCAUUCGUUUUGGUCACAUUACUCAGUCCACCUAAGCUUAUGUUAUGGAUUUUGUUUGUCUUUUGAUUACAAUUGUCAUUUCAAUCAAUUUGUGUUCUCAGUCUAGA